UGGGACACAUAGGACAAGAGCAUGGCCAGCCCGAAGAUUCUGUUCCUGGCUGUCCUUGUCCUCCUUGCUAUGACACUUCAGGCAACUGAGGCAGGCCCCUACGGCGCCAACGUGGAAGACAGCGUCUGCUGCCGAGACUACUUCCGCCACCCCCUGCCUUCUCGCAUGCUGAAGUAUUUCUACUGGACUUCAGACUCCUGCCGGAGGCCCGGCGUGGUCUUCCUUACGGUCAGGGACCGGGAGAUCUGUGCUGACCCCAGGCUGCCCUGGGUGAAGAAGAUUCUGCAGAAGAUGAACCCAUGAGAAAGGGCCCUGCCCUGAUGACCGUGGCCUUGGCUCCUCCAGGAAGGCUCACAGAGCCCCACCUCUCGGCCGUUACAGCCGCCCCUCAACACAAGCCUGUGCCGAUGGAUCUCUCCGCAAUCUCUUAUCUCUGUGCCUGUAGCUGUCACCCUCAGAGGAGCCUCCACACUGUCACUCAUCUCCCCUCUUGUCCCUCUAACCCAUUCUCUGCCCCACCGCAGCCAGAGGGGCCGCAAUCCUGGUCAGUUACUCUCCUGCUCAAAACUCUUCCAUGGCUCCCCAUUGCCCCAAGCUGAGGUGAGAGCUCCUGAGCCUGGCACCCCUGUCCCCAGCCCUGCCUCAUUUCCCUUCACACAUGUUGGACUCCAGCUCCCUGUUCUCCAAAUCCGUGCCAUACAUGUCCACUUCCAAGUCUUUUUCCAGGCUGCACCUGACACCCAGGAUGCCUCCCCACCACCUGUGUGUGUCCACCCCUACCAGCCCUCCGAGGCACUGCUCAACCCAAGCAGCCAGCAAUUGAGUUUUAUUUUUCAGAUGUCCCCUGGCCCUCUGUCCCCUCUUAACAGCCUUGAUCACAGUCUACCCAGAAUUCUCAGGACUUGGGGAACUCGUCCUACCGCCCCACUGGCUGGAUCAAGGUCCCACACCUGUUACUUUGUCCAUUGGCCUUCAACGCAGAGCACAGGGCCUGGCUCAGAAUCAGGGCUCAAUGAAUGGCUACAGACUGAAUCAAUAAAAAUAAUGUUCCUCUGCCAUGGCCCAUCCCCCAAAGGCCCUCGCACAUCAAUACAGAGACUCAAGUUCAUCUAGAAAGCAGCCAGUUGAGUCAAUUGUGAAACCUCAAAUUUACCCAGAUUCACCUCUCUUCCCCAUUUUACCUCUGUGUUGGGCUUUUUGACUCUUUCUUGUUUCCCUCUUGCUCCUCUAACCUCUGACACCCAGGCUUGACCUCUUCAGAGUUCCCCACUUUCCCUUUCUCCUUCCCCAAAUAACUGAUAACCAACUUUAUGCUACGGUGUGAAUGACUACCCUUGGCUUGAUAUUGCAAGCUCUAAUUAUAUUUCUAUAAGAAAAGAGGGCAAAUGCUUAAGAGGCCAAAGGGUUGAAUGGAGAAGUUUUAGGAACUGUUUGGGAGGGGGACGAGGUAGAACUUUCCUGGCCCUGGGAGUGUGUAGGGUAUAGUUAAGGGAAAGAGCCUUGGGUGGAGAUUGUUCUCAGCUGGGAGGGGCCAGGAUAAGGCCUGGGACUUGGGGCUUUUCUGCACUUCCUUGGGGACAAUAGAUUCCCCAGGUCAAGGAAAUAAACUUUACACGUCCUCGUUUCUCUCCAAGGGAGCGUGGUGCAGUUUAGCAGGGUGGUUGAUGCUGUGUGAAUCUGAGGAGACCACUGACCCUCUCUGAGCCUCGCUUGAGAAUGAGAAGACCCAUAUUAUGGGGUUGCUGUGGGGUUCAGGUCCAAGACAUGGGGAGCAAAACUCAGUGUCUUCCAGGGCCCGGAGCCCAGGGUCAUCUGCCCGCCGUGAACACUGAAAGUGUUAACCUGCCCACUGCCCGCGCAUAGGGCCCUCAAGCGUCCUGGGAUUGCUCUCCCCUCCUGUCCUGCCCCGGUCCCUCGGGCCUUCUGAAAAAUAAACCCU